GACGAGAGGAAGGGGGAUCUACAUGUUGCUGCCUCUCUACUGCCAGAGGUUGACUGUCGAUCGGUGAUCUUGGACUUUGAGCUCCUUCCUCGGGUUCCUGCGGCGCCAGAAGUAGUAGGGGAUCAGUGGGAAUGGCACCUUGGCCGCCCGGGAUCACCUGUUCCGGCGCGAGCUCCGUGUUCUUCUCCGUUCAUGUGAACCGCAGCAGCACUAGCUUUGGGGAUAAGCUGUCUCAACACAGAGGACCUUGUGCAAAUCGUGGCAUUCUUAUGGCAGUAUCAGUAAGUGGACCUGGAAAAGGAGGUGGUGGUUUGCUGGAAAGGCCAACCAUAGAAAAGACAACACCUGGCCGUGAAUCUGAGUUUGAUUUGAAGAAAUCGCGGAAGAUGGCCCCCCCUUAUCGAGUGAUCUUGCACAAUGACAACUACAACAAGCGCGAAUAUGUAGUCCAGGUGCUGAUGAAGGUUAUCCCAGGAAUGACCCUUGAUAAUGCUGUCAAUAUCAUGCAAGAGGCACACCACAAUGGCCUGGCAGUGGUAAUUAUAUGUUCUCAAAUAGAUGCCGAGGAACACUGUAUGCAGCUCAGGGGCAAUGGUCUUCACAGUUCAAUCGAGCCUGCAAGUGGUGGCUGCUGAAGCCAGUCCGACAUAUUAUCUCUCAACUAUUCUUGAAUCCUUCUAUUAUGGUUGGUUGUAGUACUCACACGGGGAGUAUGAAACAAUGAUCAAGGUGUAGAAGGAGAUGAUUCAGGCUGUAUAUAAAGAUUUCAUCACAAGGUCUUUAUACUAUCACCAGUUGAACAUAUCAAUAAUAUAAUUGGUGUCUCGUACCUAUCAAAAUA